AUGGUCGUAGAAUCUGACUAUUUUUGCACAAUUCGAAGCAAACUUAAUGCAUUAGGCUAUACUGAGCAUUUCGGAGAGGAUAGUUUAUCACUUGUGGAGAAGUUAUUGCAUGAUUUAAUUCUUACAACUCAUGGACUACAUGAAGCAAAACGCAUUUCGUCGUGUUCAAGUUAUUCAGAUCUCGGAAACAUGGGCAAGACGCAAACGGAUGUAAAGGUUGAUUUUAAAACUGCAUGUCCAAAUGCUCCACGGAGGGUAUCAGAAUUAUCAACUGAACUUGAAGCAUAUGGUCAUUCUAUAUCUCAAUUUAAUUCGGACAAGUUGCCUGUAACAAAUCUCCCUAACAAGCUUUCUGUUCACGAAAAUGAUCUUCAAUCAAGCAUUAUGCUACUACAGGUUGAGAAGGAACUUAUGGAUAAGAAGACAGAAGCUUUCAAAAAACAGAUUGAGAACCAAGAGGAAGAAAUUGAGAGAUUACGCGGACUCCUAGAUAACCGGGAGCAUAAUAUUGAUAACAAUAAUCUUCAAGAUGCACAGAGGCGCGAUCUUUUGUCAAUAAUCGGACGCCUGCAGUCAAACGUGGAUAGCCUUCAAACACGUAAUAGUGAACUUGAGCAGCGCCUUCUACUUCAAAUGGAGGCUUCUAGCAGUGAUUCGGCUGUGGGCACUUCAUCGUCCAAUAUAUUAUCUGCUCGAGAACGUCCCACUCAAACCGGUGUUCGUAUUGGAGAUUCUUCGAUGAACAAGUUUGAGCUAACAGAACUGCUGGAUAACUUUGAAAAGGCUAACCGACAUUUCGUCAAACGAACUGACGAGCUACUUAACUCUCAAAAGCAAUUGGUUCUUGAGGUUGAUCGACUAAAUGGCUUGCUUCCAUUGAGCAAAAGGACAGCAGGAACCGUCAAACGAAACCCUACUCGACCUGUUGUCAAAAGGACGCCUUCUGAUUCGAAUACGUUUUCCUCAAAGAACAAUUCUGCCGCAAAUUCUACAGUGAAAACAUUGGAAAAUGAAUAUGCAUCACCAAUCAAAGAAUAUAUCGAGGGUCUAAUUGCUGAUCGGGAAGUGAUACAGGCUCAAGUGGAAUGCCUGAAUCGUACUCUGCGUCGACUAACUGAAUCAGAUUCUGGCGUUACCGGAGUCAAUACCCCCUAUCCAUCAUCCUCAUCUAACAAUGGAGGUAAGCAGGACUCAUCCCGAUUGGAUAGAAACCAAAAUGCCUACACUCAGACAUCUGUUCAGGAAUCUGCCUUUGUCAUUAACGGAGGAGGAGAUUAUACAUCGGAGACCCUAAGAGCUAUUCUAAAGGAAUUAGAAUCCGAACGCGAUUAUUACAAGCAUCAAUCCGAAGAAUUGCAGUUCGAUUUGAGACGUAUCUCGCGCUCCACUUCUAGACUACGUCAGUCGUUUGCCAAUGUAGAUAUGGACAAUGAUCUGGAAACCGCUAAACGAGAACGAAAUGAGCUUCAAGCGAUGCUGAAUAAGUUUGAGAGAAAUCUCCUUGAGAUUCAAGAGGAAGUUCGUUUAUUGAAAUCGGAACGAGAUCAAUUGCUGCUGCAAUUAGAGCAGGCACGAAAACUGGGUGGUCAUGUUAAGAGCCCUAUCAGUCUUCCUGACCAUGGCCAAAGCUCAAUGGAAGAGAUUCUGGCCCUAAGAAAAACUCUUGGAAAGUCUAAAGUGGAGCUAGAGACAGCAGAGAUAAGGAUAAAUGAACUGGAGAGGGAUUUAGAACAAAUGAGACUAGAUUUAGAUCGAGCGAUUUCAGAAAAAAUUGAGGCGGAAAAGUCAAAAGGCCAACUGCAAACUGCGUUGUCGCAGAUCCAAAGUCAAAAUUCCGCUUUAAUAAAUGAACUGAUGACACAAAAGAAUAUGUACAACGAAUCGGUUAGAGGAAAGCAGCUAUCAAAUUCGGCAUUAUCUGAAGCUCGACGCGAUCUCCAAGUUCUUAACUCUCGAAUAAAGGAGUUGGAGACUGAAUUGAAGAGAAGUAAGGAUGAGAUUGAUCGUUUGCAAGCAGUAGCUAAUGAGUUGAGCGCGGAGAAUGACAAUAUUCGAUCCAGUCUUGACGAUCGAACUGAGGAUGUUAAACAUCUUGAAAGCGUUGAAAAACGCCUUCGCCAGGUCACGGAAAUGACUGCAGACAAAGAUCACGAGGUUUGUCUCCUAACUGAACGCCUUCAAGAGCUAGAAACUUCUUCCAAAGUUGUCAGUCAGUGUCGAAACAUAUCUGAGCAGAAGUAUGCAAAGGCUCAGUCGGAUAUGACAGUUCUUGCAGCUGAGGUUGAGAGCCUAAAAUUGCGUUUGCAAAGUGCUUCUACAGAGAAAAAUGAUCUUCAAAGUCGACUGGCAGAGGCAAUGCGUGGUUUGACCCAAUCUGAACAAGCCAUGGACAUGAAAUUGAAGGAACACAAGGAUCUAUUGGUGCAAUAUGGUUCACUGAGUAGAGACUUUGAGGAACUGUCGAUAAAAAAUAGAGAUCUGGAACAAAACCUUUCUGAUAUCGAAGGAGUUCUUAAGAGCAAGGAGGCUGACUUGAGAGACCAACUGGAUCGAGCUCAAAAAGCUGAAGUCGAUGCAUUGAAUGCGAAACGCGAGCGCUCCGCUUUAGAAGAAAAGUGUGCUCAGCUAUACGCGGCGGCAGAGAAGGCAGACAUAAGGGCCGCUCUUUUGGAGGGGGAGUUUGAGGAGGUGAGACGCCAACUUUUGGCUACUCGCGACAUAGCUAGCGCUCUCCAAGCACAAUUGGACCAUUCUGAUGAGCAUUCAGUCUCCGCGUUCGCUGCUAACAAUGAUCUCUCUGUGAAAUUGGCGGAGUGUGAAUUGAAGUUGAAGGAUGCUCUCACUGAGGGAAAACGUUUUAAAACUAAUCUUCAGAAACAACCAAAGAUGAUUGAAUCUGGGUUUGAAUAA